AUGGAGGUGAAUAAUGAGAUCACGUCGAAUGACACCAUCACCUCAUCUGCCUCCACCUCGAGAUGUUUGAUGCGCGUCAAGAACUCUUCAGCCGACUUCACUGUCCACUCCGAAUCCUUGGUAAGGAAACAAAGUCGCUGGUACAGCCACUUUGACAGCCCAAAGGUUGGAGUACCACGUAAGGAGACGAUGGGGCGUAGCGGCACCCCCUGCUUGUGGACCUUUGGUAGGCCGUAGAAGCGCGCCAUCGCGGUAUCACUGGCUUUUGCGGCCAACGCUUCCCUUCUCGUAAGAGCUCCCGCCUUCCUCAGCUUGCCGAUCGUAUUGUUUAUGCUGUUUACGAGCUUCUUAAACUCGCUGACGGUCGAUGGCGCAUAAGAUUCCUUGUCCAUCAAGAGGUUGCCUAGUUUUGUAAAGUACUCAGCCUUAUCCAUGACGACAGUCGAGCGCCCCUUGUCGGCGGGCAGGGUGACGAUAUCCUUCAUUUUUCGUAUCUUCAGAAGUUCUCGAUCUUCUGCUUUAGAAAUCGUCAUCUGGCGUUUGUGUUGGAGGAGUAAGGUCGACACUUGUUGUCGCAUGGCGUUUUUGCACUCCUCGUCUGCCUCACACUUCUGGAGCGCCGAUUCGAAGGAUGCAAUAAAGUCUUCUGGUUGAGCAUCUCUUGUGCUGAACUUCGCGUCAUAGGAUAGAACCGCUAGUUGUUGCUGAGUGAAACGAUGAGAGGACAAGUUGUGAACCAAGGCACCGUCAGCAGAGGGCUGUUUUGGCGGACUUAUUUUCUCAAAUUUUCCAGCGCGCUUCUACGGCCUACCAAAGGUCCACAAGCAGGGGGUGCCGCUACGCCCCAUCGUCUCCUUACGUGGUACUCCAACCUUUGGGCUGUCAAAGUGGCUGUACCAGCGACUUUGUUUCCUUACCAAGGAUUCGGAGUGGACAGUGAAGUCGGCUGAAGAGUUCUUGACGCGCAUCAAACAUCUCGAGGUGGAGGCAGAUGAGGUGAUGGUGUCAUUCGACGUGAUCUCAUUAUUCACCUCCAUCCCACCCGCGCUGGCUAUCGACACUAUUGAUGGCUUUCUCCGCGAAAAGUAUGAUGAGACCGACCAACAGCUCAAACGAGCACACAUCAUCGAGCUCCUAGAACUGUGUCUUAAGACCUUCUUUACAUUCAACGGCCAAGUCUACGAGCAAAAGAAGGGGACACCGAUGGGCUCGCCUCUGUCUGGACUAAUUGCCGAAGCAGUUUUGCAGAGACUCGAGCAGCAGGUCUUCAGCUCGUACCCCCCGAAGUUCUGGGCCAGAUACGUCGACGACACGUUCGUUGUAAUCAAGAGGAGCGAGGUGAAGGCUUUCAAGACAUUGUUGAACUCAAUCUUCGCCGACAUUCAGUUUACUAUGGAAGAGGAAGUAAACAAUCAGUUGCCCUUCCUGGACGUACAAGUUACGAGAUUGUCAGACGGGAAGAUAAGGACAACGGUUUACCGUAAGGCAACAAAUACUAGGCGCAUCCUCCACUUCCGAAGCAACCACCCCGUUGGUCAUAAACGCAGUUGUGUCAGAACUCUCUUUCAACGUGUUCAAACACACUGUAGCGACGACAGUGGGAGGAAGGCGGAGAUGAAUUACUUACAGGGCCUUUUUAAAGCCAACGGCUACCCGAAGUCCUUCAUACGCAAUUGCCUCAAAAAGCCUCAUUUUGAGCGGUCAAGUGGAGAAAAGCCCAAGUUCUGGCUCUCAAUACCCUAUGUGAAGAACGUAUCAGAGGCAACGGCAAGAAUCCUAAAACCUUUUGGGAUUGGCGUGGCUCAUAAACCAGAAUAUACCAUCAGACAGCAAAUCAUGAAGCCCAAGGACCCGCUACCAACAACAGAACAGUCGGCGGUGGUCUACAGCAUACCAUGUCUAGAUUGCAAUGCAAGGUAUGUUGGUGAAACGGGCAAACGCCUCGGCACAAGAUUGCACGAACACCAACUUGCAAUCAACCGCAAGGACAAGCUGUCUUUGGUCUAUGGCCACAUACGAGAACUGAACCACAAUUUUGCCUUUGAGAAAGCGAGGGUAAUUGGUCGAGCCAAUGAGAAGAUGGCCAGACUGGUGCUCGAAAGUUGGUCCUCGACUGGUACACUCAACCGAGCUAUAGAUCUACAUCCCGCCUACCAAGCAGUGCGUACAAGGCUCGGAUCAGUCCGGACAGGACCAGUAAGGCAAACGAGCACGCGGGACCGAGAGUCAACGCUCACGGAAAAAAGCGGAAUUGGGGCCCAGAGGUCAUGUGACCAAAGCCGAACACUGUCUCACCGAUGCACCCGCGAAGCUGAAUGCUGCUCACCUGAACAGCAACGACCGAUCAGUCCACCGGCUGACGUGGGAGGGGCCAAGCGGCACGUUGAUUUGACCACAACUAGGCCGACCCCAAAGGGAACAAAGGUCACGCAGGCCUAUCAGCGGUCAGCUCCGGGGAGGUCUAAGCCAGUCAGCGGCAAACAGGCAGGUCAAAGUUCAUGCGUCCAGCACGGCUAUAAUACGAGGCAAGCGGCAAGACUGAAUAACUCAAGACCCGCAAGUGCAACAAUUACGCUACUCUGA